CCCUUCCCUGCGCACUGCGCAGACGCGCGGCGAAGCCGCGUCGGGGGUGGGGUUGAGAUGAGCGUGCUGCUCCCCAACAUGGCGGAUUUUGACACGAUCUAUGAGCUGGAGGAGGAGGAGGAGGAAGAAGAAGAAGACGAGGAGGAGGAGGAGUCGUCCGAGCCUGAGCCCGUGGUGCGGAGCCAGGAGCUGCCGCGGCCCCGCGACGCGCCGGAUCCCGUGGUGGUGCGGGGCGCCGGGCACAUCACCGUGUUUGGCUUGAGCAACAAGUUUGAUACAGAAUUUCCCUCUGUUCUGACAGGGAAGGUUGCCCCAGAAGAAUUCAAGACCAGCAUCAGUCAUGUGAAUACCUGCUUAAGAAAGAAUCUUCCUGUCAAUGUAAAAUGGCUGAUUUGUGGCUGUCUGUGCUGCUGCUGCACACUGGGCUGUAGCCUGUGGCCUGUAGUCUGUCUUAACAAAAGAACUAGAAGAUCAAUUCAGAAGUUAUUAGAAUGGGAAAAUAACAGACUAUAUCAUAAGCUUGGUUUGCACUGGAAGCUGAGUAAAAGGAAAUGCGAAACUAGCAAUAUGAUGGAAUAUGUAAUAUUAAUAGAGUUCUUACCAAAAUAUCCCAUAUUUCGACCUGACUGAGGAACUGCAUUUGGUCUUUCAUGUUACCUGUCAUUUUCUACCCUUAGUGCCUUGUAGAUGAUUUUGGAAAGAAGAUGGUCUACUUUGCUGAGAUUUAAAAAAUGUUCUUUGGUAGAGUAUCUUCCUUGCGAUGUUAUUUUUUGUUUGACAACAAUUUGCACAUUUUUUUAAAUGUUAAAUGAGGCUUCUGUGUUGCACUCUGAAUUUUUAACAUUAACAAAAACUGAUAUAGUUGCCACUAGGGAUCUAACAUCAGUGCUGCUUAAACUCGUUCUGAGCAUGCUGCCUUAUUAAUUUCUACAUUUAGCGUAUAUCCUCAAACAUGCACCCUGAUGCUGUGUCAUACUGUAUUUCAUUCCUAUAAAUUCUCAGUAGAAAUGUCCAGGUAAGCGUCUAGUAGUAAAGAUUCUAAUGUCACUUGCUUGCAUAGGACUUGCAAUUAACAGCACUGGUUUUGUCCUGCACUUUGCAAAAUCAUCAUUUACAUUCGGGGGUUAAUUAUUUUACCCACUAUAGAUUUGUAAAUAUUGACUCUUUGCAUAAUGUAAAGCGUGGUAUGCCAAGGUUUACAGAAUGUAAGAUAGCUCUUGUUCUAUUACCAACAGUUUGGCAUAGUUUUAUUCAUUACAUUUGUUAUCAUCCCUCUGAUUGUAUGGACCCAUUCACGUACUGUUUUUAUGGUAAAGCCAUAAUGAGUUUGUACAUAUUGUCAGAUGUGUAGGGCUCAGUUGCACUUUUGUUUAGUAAAUGGAUAAAAAAUGUGUAGCAUUUUGUUUGUCUUUUAACUAUUUCAGGUGUUGUUUGUGGCACCUGAAAUGGGAACCUUAUAUACUGUUUAUCUUUUGAAAAAAUCACAUUUAUGGGGAAAUGGCAGCUGCUAUUAGCAAAAUAUCCCAAAGCCCACUUUUUACAUUUAGAAUAUCGAAAGUCACUUUCUGUGGGUUGUUCUGUUUUGUUUUCUGAGUAGGAAAAAGUGUAUAUUGUAAUUGGAGAGAGUCGUUACUAAGGAGAAGAAUUUGCAACAGCCAAAUGAAAGUUGAAGUAGCUGAGUAUUUUUAUAGCACAACAGUACUUAGGCGUUUUAACAGUUACAUGAUAUGGCAUCCCUUUCUAGCAGAAAUAAAUUUUGCCUAAAUCAGAGCAGUAUUUCGGAAUGUGCUGAUGGGAGGAAGUAGAUCAGUUGAAUGGGCUCACGUGUAUAUUUUGGCAUUCAGGAACAGUUUGAAGAUCCACAAAUGCCUUGUGGAAUUCAGAAGCAUUUUUGGAUUCCUUCCUGUUUGCCUGAUGUCAGGAAGGGAAGUGACUAUAGAAAAACUUACUGUAAUAGCUAGCCUAAGCAAGACCAUUUGUUCAUAGCAAAUGAAAGAAAGAAGCAAAUGACAAUGCGUUGUUCCCUCCCCCCCACCUUACUAACUAGAAAUAAGAGAAAAAAUAAUCAGAUAACUGAUUAUCUGUAAGUUGUGAUGAAUAUAAUCAUAAAUGUCUACAGGCAUUUCUUUGCAGCAACUUAACUCCUUGCAGCAUCACAGGUUGCUUUCUAGUUUCAGACUGACUUAGAACUUCCUCUGAAUGUAUUUGCAUCUCCUCAGUGUGCAAUAUUGUAUUAAAAUACAGUAUUAGUAAAGUCAUUACAUUCUAAUAGCUGUAACAGGCCAGAUACCCAGUACCCACUGUUUACAGAAGGCCAGUUUUAUGUAAGUUGUUACUUGGAAUCAAAUAUCUUGUUCUUCUAACUGUACAGCUGAGUGUCCGAUUCCAGUGCUUCCUGAUCUCAGACUGAUGAUUCAGGCUCUGAAAUCUGUAUAGUUAGUGCAGAGGUUUUGUUGGACCAGUAGAUUGGUAAUGAAUAACUGAUCAAUUGAAUUUGUAAUUUAAUUUAAUGAAUGGACUGCAGUGUUGUGUGAAUUUAACUUGAGCUAUACCUUGCAAUUCAGAUUUCUGUGAGAGAACCAUGCAAAGUAUUCUCUCCAUUUUAUUUUAUUUUUAGGAUGAGUGUUAACUGGAAGCAGAGAAAACACUUAAUGGCAGAAAGAAACAGUGAAAAGCAAAAUUGACAUAGCACAGACAAUUUCCCUUAGAAAUAAGUGCAUGUGGUAUAAGUGAAGGGAGCUUAGCUGGACAGAACAAUAGAAGUUUCUUACAGUUAUGCCAGAACUUUGUUAGGUAUUCUCUUGCUGUGUAAGAAAAACUCAAGAAAUCUCAGCAGAUUCUUAAUUUUUGCUUUUAUGUGACUAUAUUUUCAAAGUGGUUUUUUUUCCAACUAAAAGAGGCAAGCGAGAGUUUCAGUAACUGCCAGUGCUGAGUGCUGAGCAGCCCUCCGUCUCACUGUGAGCAGAAGUCUUCUGCUGAGUCUGUGCUGAUUUCCUUGGGUGGAGUUGAGAGUUUUUCGACUGAUCUGUCUUGUUUCAGUGAAAUGCUGUGCCAAGCAGAGAGAAUACCCUGAGUUUCCCACUUCAGCACAGAGUAUUUAUUUUAAAAGUUUACAUUUCAAGUACAUAAAUUCUAUACGCUUUUACUUUGUCCUAAAUUAUUAAUUAUAUUCAAACCGUGAAAGGGUCUUUUCCUCUUAUGUUUUAAUAGGCACUUAAAAAUGUGGCCAUAAAGCAACUAGUAGAGUAUUAGAGCUGAAACAGAAGUUUACAGCAAGCUCCAUGUUUUAAUAGGAAAAUAAAUUUGCAUUAAAAUACAAAAACAGCAUGCAGUAUUACAUUUGCAUCUGAAAGACAGGUUUAAUAGCUCAUUUAAACAUGAAAGCAACUGUAAAUGCUGCUGUGAACUUGUCUACCUACAGGUUCUCUUUUGCCUAGGCUAUCUUUUGCUUUAAUAUAAAGACAUCCGACAGGUAGUUUGUAUCUCAUAAGACUGGAGAACUCAUUUUCGACAGUAAAAAAUGAGCAUGAAAUGGUAAGCCUGUUUAUAGAGGAUACUUGUUAACUGGAGGAAGCACGCAUAGUAAUGUAACAGACUGAUGUGAGCAAAGUGUAAUAGAAAUGGUGAAGACAGUGCCUUGACUGGUUUCAACAAAAUGAAAACGUGUAGCAAGAAAGGAGAAAAGGGAACUAGUAGAAGUAUGUAGUGUGAGUUUGCAGCAAUUUUUAUAAAGCUCUUACAGGAAUAUCAUCUGUCUAAUCAGUGUUCGGUUUUUCAAAUAAACAUGUUGACACUUUCCUUUUUAACUUGUAUGUAUGAAAUGCCUGUUUGUUUUUCUAAUUAGAAAGUUUUUGUAUGUGAGGAGCAUUAAAGGAUACUGAUGAGCUCUUACCUACAGUUCCCCACCUGCUUCUUGUGAAGUUCUUUUACCAUCAGAGGAGGAAAGAUGUGUUUUAGAACGUGCACAGGCAAGUCUAGGAAGUGUGGACAGUUGUAGAUGAAUAACUUGAAAAAAAGAACAUUUUUGCUAAAAUCUAGAGUGGUAUUGACUGGGGAAAAAAAGUCCCUAUACUUUUCCUGAUAGGUACAAAAAACCACUGUAUGCAAAACUGUAAAUAUACACACAUUAGUGUCCCACUAUGACAAUUUACUAUGUUUACUUGUCAACACACUACCAUCAGAGCAAUAAAAAUGUCGAGCUAUUAAAAUUCACUGUAAAUAAGUUGUUACUUCAGUAAGUAAUGUUGUGUGAUGCCUCUGCCAUUUUCUUCUGCUCUUGCUGUUCUUAUGAUGCUGUAAUGUUACUUGUAUGGCUUACGGAAAGUGGUUUUGUUUAAGGUGUAUGAAACUUUUUAAAUUGUCUUCUUAACAUUUUUAUUCCGUUUACAAGUGAACAGCCACUUUUUUAAUAGGACCUCACACUUUGAAAGUUCUUUUUCUUUCUUUUUAAAAUAAAAUUCUGAGCUCUAUUUCUACAUUUUACUGCAUAGGCUUGUGCUGUUUAAAGAAGUUGGAAGUCAGACAUGCUUAAUCACUAUGAGACAUUUUUUCUUUAAUUAAAUUUAAAGAUGAAAA